GGUAAAUUAGUGACUCACCUGCUGCGAAGGCAGAGGCCCGGAAGUUAGAAGAUUCAGCAACGGAGAACAACGGAAAGAUCUGCAGAUUUAGGUGGCAGAGGAGAACACUGGUACAUCCUGGCACAUCACUGGCCGAACCUGAGAAUGGAGCGCUACAGGUAUUUCAUCUUCAACCAGAAGGUGGUGGUGGUGUGGGGCAUCCUGCAGGUGGCCUGUGCCAGUCUUUGUGUGGUUUGUGGCUUUAUGGAUGCGGUUUUCCGCAUGAGCACCACGCUCAGUGCAACGAGAGCUCCGCUGUGGGCAGGACUGGUCAUGGCUGUGCCUGGUGUGCUUGCCCUCUUUGCCUCGCAUAGGAGAAACCCCAUCCUGGUGAAUGUCAUGAUCGUGUCCGCUGUGAUGUCUUAUAUGGCCACUGUGAUUGUGCUCAUCUAUGCCGGUGUGACGCUCAGCUAUGGAGAGGAGGAUGAUGAGCUCUUUCACCCCCGUCAUGUCGCUGAAGUGAAGUUUGUGCUGAGCCGUAUGGUGAAGGGAGCGAACAGCACUAUGGUUCUAGCCAGCGUGGGCUCGCUGCUCUUCUCCUCGCUGAUCAUGAUCGUGGGCUGCCGCAGUCUGCCACUCUGCGGCUGCUAUGACUCAGUCACUGGCAUGGAGUCACUGGUCCCUCAGAAUGACCCGAGUGAUUCAGCCGAACUGGUCUGCUCCUGGCACGGAGGAGAAGAGCGAGUGUUUAACUCUCCGGCGUCCUUCAUAGAGCCAUGCGCUGAGCGAGAAGAGCCCUCUGCUCUCCCUCCCUACAGCAGACUCGCUUAAAAACUGCCAUCUGUGCCAAUGAGAGGAUUUGGAGUAAACUGGCCUGGUCACUACACCGAUCAGUUUCAGUGUCUAGGCCACUAAAGCUGUACCUUUCCUCAGCACGGCUUUGGAAAAAUAUCAGACUGGCCUUCUUAAGUUCUUCAGAGGACAUUUCCAUGUGUUUCCAUACAUUUCCUUAUUUUAUGAAUUUGUUUGGUUUGUUUGGUGCCAAAGGCAGAUUUUAUUUUAUGUCCUUUUUAAUCUUUGCUUUAAUUUAAUUUAAUUUGUGGUAUUCAAACUGUAUAUAUUGUUAAAUAACCACAUAAUUUUGUUAAAUAUUUAAAUACAGAUGUAAUUUAUAGCUAAUAAGGACAGUUUACGUGACAGUUCCUUCAGAGAAUUCUCUAUUUUGCAGGUUUGAGUGGAUAUCCAUUUUAUAUACUAAAUAGUUUGUAGCCCUGAUUAAAAUGAAUUUGAAACUAAGACACAAAUGCUGCGUUUGCCGGCAUAUUCUUGAUGGUAUCCAUUAGCUUAGCAUGUUCUGUUUUUGUUCUGCUUUCAAUAAAGCCUUCAAUGAAGCUUUGCA